AUGACAGACAUUCUAGAACGUUUAGCUAACCAACCAGGUCCUGUAACUGUAAACCAAACUGUUAACCCUGAAGGUGGGGAGGAUAGAGCUCUAGAGAGCUUCCAGAGGUUUUCCCCAUCUAAGUUCUCUGGAGGGUCUAAUCUGGAAAUGGUUGAGGGAUGGUUAGAAAGAAUUACUGAUAUUUUUGCUGCUCUAAAUUAUAUGGAGGAAAGGCAAGUGGCCUUUGCCGUGUUUCAGUUUGAGAGAGCUGCCCGAUCAUGGUGGAACAUGAUAAGGGUUAAGUGGGAUAGAGAACAGACUCCUAGAACUUGGGUGAACUUUACUCUGGAGUUUAAUGCUAAAUUCCUCCCUCCGCUAAUCCAAGAGAAAAGGGAAAAUGAUUUUAUCAAGUGUAAACAAGGAUUGUUAAGUAUCGCGGAAUACGAGACACUAUUCAUCAAGUUGUCAAAGUUCACCCCUGAGUUGGUGGCAACCGAACAGAGGAGGAUAAGGAGGUUUAUUCAAGGUUUAAAUGUGGAAAUACAAGAAGGUCUAGCAGCGAUCCAAAUCACCAGUUUUAGUGAUACAAUUGAGAGGGCUCAGAGAAUUGAAAGUGCAAAGACUCAAGUGAGAGCUUUUAAUGCAAGAAAAAGGAAUGCUCCUAGUGGUAGCCUUGGUCCAGUGGACACGAAUGCUCCACCUCCCAAGUUUGGGAGAGGAGUGAACACCUCGGGAGCACCAAGAGAAACGAUGACGAGAGGAGCUACGUCGAGAGGGGCCUUUUCUAGAGGGACAUCAAGUGGAAGGGGACAGUCAAGGAAUGUUCCACAAGGAAGCCAAGCAUCAACUCCUAGUAUGAUUGUAACUAUUGUGGGAAGACUAAUCACACGGAGGAUAGGUGUUAGAAAAAAGAGGGGAAAUGCUUGA